UCCAUUGCCACUUCUGUUCCUACUGAUAAGAAUCCCCCCUUACAGUUGUUCCCACUUCUUUCCUUGUUCUGCUUCUUUUUAAGGGAAACCAACACAAAUCCAUCAAAGCUGUGCAACUUCCCAUCCCUUCCUUUUGAAACCUCUCAUAAUUUUUUCCUCUUCAACAGCUACUGGAUUUGUUUGCUUCCGGAUGGAAAAGGGCGAAAUCAGAGAAGAAGAAGAAGACACCGAUCAGAAGCCGGGACGACAAACAAUUGAUUCUGACGGCAGGGAGAUUUUUCAUGAAGAUCAUCAAGCAUGGCUGAAGCUGACACUUGGUGGGAGAACCUCAUCAGCCGAUGGAAGCUCUACUAGUUCGCAAUCCAAACCUCCAAGUCGAAAGAUGUUCUCGUGCAACUUCUGCAUGAGAAAAUUUUUCAGCUCACAGGCUUUGGGGGGUCACCAGAAUGCGCACAAGAGAGAAAGAGGUGCUUCGAGGAGGCCUCACCAGUCACAGAAAAUGAUGAUGGGAUUUUCCCUCUAUGCAUCUUCUCUCCAGUCUUUGACAGUUCAUUCUCAUUCACUUGUUCCCAAGCAACAUCCAGAGAAAGGCAUGUCUAUUGUGCCAAGAUGUUACCAAAUCAAUUCUGACAUCCAAGUGACGAGGACGCCGUUUGCACUUGAUGAAGCUAGAGGUUCAAAGUGGCCUGGAAGCUUUCAAAAGGUUUUUCAACCUACAGAUCAACCAUCAGAACAACAAAACCUUGACUUGAGUCUCAGGCUGUAGUUAAUUCAUCCAUUACAUGCCAUUUCCAUAACUGCCAUUUGCUUGAAGUUUGUUCAGCUCAUACUUCUUCAUGAAUCAGUUAUGAAAAAUUAACCUAUCUGGGUACAUUCUGCCAUUAUACUCAAUUUCCAAGUUGAAGAAAAAUAAAUCUAUUGCGAUAAAGAAGAGUUAGCAGUCAUCAA